AUGAGUCGCAACAGUGCUAGAAAGCAACUAGUUGUCAUACUUGUACCCCGUUAUCCAAAACCGCUGCCGCCGGGCCCAAAACCAUGGCCGAUAAUCGGAAACCUCCCCAACAUCGGGCAGAAACCUCACCAAUCCAUCGCCGCCAUGGCCCGCGUUUACGGCCCCCUCAUGCAUCUUAAAAUGGGGUUCGUCCAUGUGGUUGUCGCCGCCUCAGCGGAGGUGGCGGAGCAGUUUCUUAAGGUCCACGACGCCAAUUUUUCCAACCGGCCACCUAACUCCGGCGCCAAAUACCUUGCUUAUAACUAUCAAGAUCUGGUCUUUGCACCCUAUGGUCCACGGUGGCGCAUGCUGCGUAAAAUUUGCGCAGUUCAUCUUUUCUCCGCCAAGGCUCUAGAUGACUUCCGCCAUGUUCGACAGGAAGAAUUAGCUGUUCUUGCACACGCCCUAGCUAGUGCAGGGCAGAAGACCCCAGUGAAUUUAGCCCAAUUACUCAACGUGUGCACCACCAAUGCUAUAGCCCGGGUGAUGCUGGGGCGGCGCGUGGUGGGGGACGGGAGUGGCGGUGGAGACUCCAAGGCGGAUGAAUUCAAAUCAAUGGUGGUAGAGUUGAUGGCUCUUGCAGGUGUGUUCAACAUAGGUGAUUUUAUCCCAGCCCUUGAAGGUUUAGACAUUCAAGGGGUGGUCAAGAAAAUGAAGAAACUUCACAAACGUUUUGACACUUUCUUGGACAAGAUUCUUGAGGAGCACAAGAUCAACGGCUCUCAUGGGUCGGAUCGAAACGUGGACUUGUUAAGUGCGUUAGUCGAGUUGAAAGAUGUUGAGCGGGGGGGAGAAGGGAGACUUACAGAUACAGAAAUCAAGGCUUUGCUUUUGAACUUGUUUUCCGCUGGGACCGAUACGUCUUCUAGUACAGUGGAAUGGGCCAUUGCAGAACUCCUCCGACACCCAGAGAUAUUGGCUCGAGCCCAAGAAGAGCUUGAUUUGGUUGUGGGUAAGGAUCGACUUGUGGCAGAAGCUGACCUACCCCGGUUGACAUUCCUUCAAGCCUUCAUCAAGGAAACCUUUCGACUUCAUCCUUCCACACCACUAUCUCUUCCGAGAAUGGCUAGUGAGAAUUGUGAGAUCAAUGGCUUCUUCAUUCCAAAGGGCUCUACGCUUCUCGUUAACGUUUGGGCCAUAGCUCGUGAUCCAAACGUAUGGGCCGAUCCACUUGAGUUUCGACCAGACCGAUUUUUGCUUGGUGGUGAAAAGGCUAAUGUUGAUGUUCGAGGAAAUGAUUUUGAAGUGAUACCUUUUGGAGCCGGCCGUAGAAUUUGUGCUGGAUUGAGCUUGGGCCUGCGCAUGGUGCAGCUAAUGACUGCAACCUUGAUCCAUGCAUUUGAUUUCGAGUUACCUAAUGGGAUAUUGGCUCAAAAGCUCGACAUGGAAGAGGCUUAUGGGCUGACGUUACAACGGGCUGCACCAUUGGUGGUGCAUCCAAGGCGUAGGUUAGGACCUCAUGUAUUCAAGGUCUAA